GAUGGCGCUCUGAUUGGUCGGAUUGGGGGGCGUACUUGACAACAAAGUUAUUUUCCACGCCCCUUUUUAGAGUGCCAGCUGGAAGACUUUUGUUGAUGAGGUUGAUGAUAGGAAGCGUUCCCGUUUUGUCACCUUUCAGAACUAGAAAAGAUUUUCCAAAAUGACAUAUUUGAAGUCAUGGGAAGAAUUCCAGAAAGCAGCUGAAAAGCUUUACUUACAAAAUCCAACAAAGGCUCGUUACAACAUUUCUUAUCGCCACAAUAAAGGAUUAGUUGCUUUAAAAAUGACAGAUGAUGCCACAUGCUUGCAGUACAAGACAGAAAAUCAGCAGGAGCUGAGAAAAAUGGAAAUGUUUCUGAAUGAUCUGAUGAGACACAUGGCGUCAAAUGAAAAUUGAAUGCUGCGGCGGAAUUAUUCUCUUCUUGUUGUAUUAUUUUGUAAGAACAAAAUGUUUUCUUGUAUAAGAUGCAUCUUUAUAAUAAAACAUUACUGAAAUACUAUGUA